UUGGUUUCUUCGUUUGACAGUUAGUAAUUUUGUGUAGGUGCCUAGCUAGGUUAUUCUCUGAAAUUGAAAAUGAAGAAAUUAUUACUUUUAAGCUUUAUAUCAUGCCUUUCAUUUACUGCUGCACUUCAAGAAACUUUAGUUUUAGUAGAUAAUCUUAAUAUAAGAGAGACCCAUUCUAUGUUUUUCAAGUCUUUGAAUGAUCGUGGAUAUGCUCUAACGUUUAAGUUAGCUGAUGAUUCCAGUUUAGUUUUAUCUAAAUAUGGAGAAUAUUUGUACAAGAAUCUGAUCAUCUUUUCACCAUCAGUAGUAGAGUUUGGCGGUCAAUUAGACACGGAAGCGAUCACUAAGUUCAUAGAUGAUGGAGGGAAUCUGCUUAUAGCUGGAAAUGCUGCUGCUGGUGACAUUUACAGAGAGAUUGCUUCAGAGUGUGGUUUUGAGAUGGAUGAAGACUCUGCAGCGGUAAUAGACCACUUCAACUAUGAUGCGUCAGAUGAUGGCAAGCACACUAGAAUAAUUGCGUCUCCUGACAACCUGAUCAAGGCCCCUAUUAUUGUUGGAUCCUCUAACACCAGGCCUCUACUGUUUGAAGGCACAGGGCUGAUUGUGGAUAAAGACAACAGCCUGGUACUGCCUAUUUUGACUGCUGACAGCACAGCAUACAGCUACAACCCUAAGAGCCAGGUGAAGGAGUACCCUCACGCCGUCGGCCGCAAGACAGUUCUGAUAGCAGCCCUGCAGGCCCGAAACAAUGCCCGCAUUGUAUUCAGUGGCUCUCUGUUCUUCUUCUCUGAUGAAGCUUUCUCAGCCCCCAUCAACAGAGUGCAUGUCAAGGCUGACCAAGCAAAGUCGUCGCCCUCUGGUAACAAGGCGCUGGCGCAGCAACUGAGCGCGUGGGUGUUCGGGGAGCGCGGGCGGCUGCGCGUGCGCAGCGUGCAGCACACGCGCCAGGGCGACCGCCACUCCUCCAACACAUAUACCAUCACCGACACUGUGGUGUACAGAAUUGAGAUUGACGAACUGCAACAUGGUCAAUGGAAACCUUUCGAAGCCAAAGACGUCCAGCUGGAGUUUGUUCGCAUUGAUCCAUUUGUCCGCACCACCCUGAAGUCCAAGCCCAACGGAGUGUAUGAGGCAGUGUUCAAAGUGCCCGAUGUGUGGGGAGUGUACCAGUUCAAGGUGGACUAUGAUAGGGUUGGGUACACGAGACUUUAUCAUUCCACACAGGUGUCAGUGCGCCCCCUGCAGCACACGCAGUACGAGCGCUUCAUCCCCAGCGCCUACCCGUACUACGUCAGCGCCUUCUCCAUGAUGAUUGGAGUGUUCUUGUUCUCAUUUGUCUUCCUCUACUACAAGGAAGACGUGCCCAAGACUAAGGCCGAUUAGUUUGCUCAUUUAUCAUAUUAUUAUAUCAAUAUCACUAAUUUUCACAAAGUGUGAGUGUGUAUGUAAACUUGUAUUGUGAAUUUGAUUAGAUAAUAAAAUAUUGAAAAUUA